AUGGGCUCUGCCCAUUCGUCUGAAGAUGAGUCUGACUCAGGGACGGCCCACCCCCAGGAGAUGGAGGUAGAGGGCACUCAGGGAGGGGAGGAGGUCUCGAGAGACCCCUCCGUCGACCUUCUUCUAGGUCAAUACGCCUUGAAGUUCCGAGACACAGUCGAGGAUCUUCCUGGCGAUCUCGAGAUGACGUCCUUCGUGAACGCCGUCAUGGCCACUGACUUCAGUCGUAUUCGCGGACCAGGCGAACUCGACAACUUCUCGCUUGCCUCCCUCCUUGAGGCUGAGACGUCUUCCAAGGAUGAGCCGACCAUCCACCCGGCUCCCAUAUUCAGACCUCCUCCUCCUGCUGCCCGUGGGCCGCUCGAUGAGGGUGUCGUUGGCGUAGGGGCCCCGCCCGAUGUCCUCAUGCAGGCAUUGGAUGACCUUGUGCCGCCUCCUCCCCAGAAGAAGAGCAAGGUGGCAUACUCUCUCCCUGGUCCGCCUCCGCCGAUCAACCGCACUACUAAACCCAAGCCCCGUCCAACGACGUGGGCAGGGAUCGCACAACAGGCCGCUCCGAUGCCUCCCCCGCCUCCUGGCUUGGGACCGCAGCGUCGUGGGCCUUCUCCUCCUCCCCCUGCAUUCCCAACAGGCCCAAUGAAGACAUCUCCUCAUCAGUCCGUUCCUUCUUUCACUUCCGAGGGCCCCACGUGGAAGCAGGUUCUCGUAUCGUUCAGGGGUACCCCUCCUGACCUCUCGAAGUUCUUCACCGAGUCGGCUGUCCGUGCAGCCAACGGAUACCUCAGGAAUGGGCGAUCUAUGUUGAAGGUCACAUCCAUCAUCUGUGCCUACGACGGUUUGUCAUUGGUCACCCCCGCUGUUGCCAGCCCGUCCGACUUGGACAUACUGCGCAACUUUAUCCGCGAAAGCCUCCUGACGGGUACCCCGUUUGAGGUUGCGCUCCCAUCGUCGACAUCUUUUAUAAAGAUACUCGAUGUUCCUUACUUUGAUCCAAAAGGGUUGAAGAUCACCCAGGAGGUGCUUGAGAAGGCCCUCUGUACCUCGGUUCAUGCUGAGGUCUUCACCUAUCUGAGCACCAAGCCUCGGAUCGACCGCAACUCGGCGCACUCGACAUCGUGCACCGUGUAUUGCAACAUCUGGGACUCCCAGCAGGGAACCCGUGCCAAGAAGGCCUUAGGCCAACCGAUCUUCCUCGCUGGGCAGUCCUGCGCUAUCAGGCCCGCUGCACGUCACACCGGUGUCCUGCUAUGCCAGUGCUGCUGGAAGUGGGGCCACCCCACCGUCGCCUGCAAGGGAAACAACUCUCCUGCCCUAUCUGUUCAGGUCCACACGAGCAGAAGGAGCACCGUCAACAUGCAGGAUGUUGCAAGGGCAACACGAAAGCGAAACCCCCUGUGCCGCCCACCCCUCGCGACCAGCCUUGCCCCCAUAAGGGCCGCUGUGUCAAUUGCCACAAGGACCACGCCGCCAACUCGGCCUCGUGUAAGUUCUGGGCCCAUCGCUACGACCGUGAGUGGAUCAUGGCCGAGUAUCGUCAGGCUCUCCCGCUAUCGUCCCGCUAUGCGCCGCGACAUUGUCAACCAUCGCGACAUCCUCGUCCUCUCCCUCUUCAGUAAGGCUCCAACCGUAUUGUAA